AUGCCUCAAGAAGAAAGGCCUCCUGGAGUUCAGACCAAGGCUACCCCGCCUACCCCUGCUCGAAGGCCCAGUUAUCCACCUACCCCACCUACACCUACGUCCAUCGAAUUACCCCUACCUAUCCAGCCUAAGGAUCUGAUCGAGCCGACCAUCGAGACUAUCAUAACACUAUGGAGGGCUUGGCCACUGGAUUGGUCAGUGGUGAGACAAGGUAUGGCAUUGCAGCAUCUCACAGAGCUCCUUGAUGGUCAUUGGAAGAACAUCUCUUUGCUUGAUAAAUCUGUAACUCGAGGUAUCACCUCUCCUAUCGAGACUGUCAAGAAGAACAAGGAUACAUGUAAGGCUGGAACCAUACAAGAGAAUGUCAAGGUAGCGAUGAAAUUGAACGAACAAGCCACAGAGGAAUUUCAACUUGGUCGAUAUCCCAAAUCCCUCACAACAUACCUUCAAGGGUUAGCAGUUCUAUGCCCUUGGUCGUGCGAUGACUCGAUUAUGACUUUCGAUCUAGCCAAGAACGCUGGACUGUCCAACAUUGAGCAACAACUUCUCCUCAACAUCGCUCGAGCGGCACUUGCAUGGUCCCUCCUCCUUCCCGAUACAAGGCAAAACAAAUUGCUCUGCCCGAUACUUGUCGACUCUACUCUCCAAGCGUUCGAGCUUUUCCCUUACAUCACUUUCGAAGGUUUGAUUCAAGUCAGCGAUCGUAAGUUGAUGUCCACUGGCAAUAUAGACUGUGUCAUUGGAGAAAAGAGACUGUUCGCAAUGCGAAGAGUGGACAGGAAAGAAUGGGAGAAACAACCUCCGGAGGAAUGGGCUACGCGAGAUCUCUCCGCGGUCCAUCAAGCUUGA